CUAGCCAUCAACGUGCAUGUCAACGACAGGAACGAUCGGCCCGGCGUACUGCGUUUAUCUACCAGAUGGGGACCUUAUCGUGGUGAUGCUUUUCCGAUCUUGACCCCGCCGGCUGCUAUCUGGUUCACCACCAGGGUCUAGAUGGAUACCAUCCCGCCGGACUGGCCGUCGUUCCAUGCACCCCUCCAGACGGCGCGGCCUCUCCACGGAAUGCCAACCUCAUUCACGCGGGCGCCCGCAACUGACGCGCAGCAAUGUCGUUACACUAAACCACAAUGACUCUAAGGGCUUACUUGGAGCUUCGAGUUCUCGUCUCUGGGCCAGGAACGCUCUCCGUGGCGUAACUGCUUCCAUGGUACACAGCGGAAGCGUGCAGCUCCACGUAGAAAAUUCUGCUCAAUGGCUUUCUCGACACGGCACUUACAGAGCGAGCUUGUAUAUAACAAAGGAAGUAAAUCUGCUAUCUCAAGAACAAGGAAAAUAUGACUCUGGAAAUCGCUACCCCUGCACCGCUGUCUCGCGUUGGCUCGUUGCGUCGUCACGGGUCGUUGCGUCGAAAUGGUUCAUUACGCCGCCACGAUUCGGGGCGAGAGAAUUCAGAAAGCAUCUACACGUCGAUUAUGAUCAGAUGUGAGACGGACGCGGCCCUGAUAGCAAACGUACAGUCAAUUCGCAAGUUCGCUGCUGUAAGUCUUGUUCAUCUUAUCUUCUGAUUGGGCACCCUCCUUCACUGCGAUAUCAAUUGCAUCACCCGCCGUUAUAAUCACAUCUCAUU